GUAGCCUUUGGUGUGACACCGUAGUUGCUUUUCCGCCUCAAGUGUGUAUAGUAACAAAUAUUGUGAAUCCGCUAAUCUGAGCUAUCCUCGGGUUCUCUCACUUCCGAUUUAGUGCCAGCGGUAAGUCGGUUUGCAAAGAUCUAGUCUCGAAGUUAACGUAUUUUACCUGGCUAGCACAGUCUACAUCAUUCUACCUCUCCGAGAUAUUAGCCGGUUUCCUGCCUCACUCCUGUAGGCUCGAUCCCUAAAUAUCACAAUCAUUUUAAGCAUUACAAUGGCAACAACACGUUGGAAGAGCACACUCUAUUCUUCGGAGAAAUUCGUCGAAGCUUGCGGGGCUGUUGUGUUUAACACUGAGAAGCCGGAGCAAGUCCUCCUGCUAUACUAUGCUGCCUUGGACGAAUGGUUGCUGCCGAAAGGGAGACGUAACUGUAACGAAUCUCGGAAAGACGCGGCUAUACGAGAAGUUCGCGAAGAGUCAGGCUGUGCGAUUCAAUUACGCCCCGUAACAAUGACUACUCGAGCUCCAUCUGACUUGGAAGCGGCUGAUGUCAAGGAUAUCCCACGCACCUACGACAGCCUCACGGAAGCUUUCAUGCUAGAUGUUCGGGACUUGGGGAAGGGCAACGGUGUCAAGUUAGUCUGGUGGUUUAUCGCAGAACUAGACAGCAUUGCGGGAGAUGGAGAGGCGCAGUUCGAACCUAAAUUCUUUCGGAGCGACGAAGCCGUCAAGAUAUUGACGUUCCAGAAAGAUCGCGACGUGCUAGUGAAGGCUUUGGAGCUCGUAGGACGCGCUGCCGAUGAGACGAGGGAGCCUUGAGAGGAUGGCGUAGAAUCAAGCGAAUGGGGGCCGGACAAAUCUCGAGUUUCACAAUCCGAUACAACCCCAGAGUCUGCUGACAGUUCGAAUGGUACAUAUAACGAUCCUUUUAUCACUAGCGAGAGCAUAAUGAUAACCGGAGAUGAUUCUGACAUGUUCGCUUGGAUGGCAUGAUGUAUCAGAUCUCGGAACCUCAAACUCAGCCCAGGCCUCCUCUUUGCGGGCCACUAUCCUCCUCGCCUCCGUCAUGUGACCGCCGUUCAUGCGUCUAGGACAAUAAUAGAUUUAAAUCCCGCGGCAAGAACUCCCAUUGGGAAAAGGAGACCAGCGCCGCGUAGCGGGCCGCGAGUUUUGCCGGAGUCCACUAAAAACACCAAUGCCUCACCAUCAUCUCGAGGGGCGACAUCUGGAACCGACGG